GCCCAGCGACCUAAGAGGGACUCGAAAAUAGAAACGCUGCUUCCCAGAAGCAAUGUCAUCGAGCGAGGCGCCCGGGGUGCAAGAGGAGAAUCUGCAGGGUUCCUGGGUGGAACUCCACUUCAGCAGCAACGGGAAUGGUAACGCUGCUCCGCCAGCCGCCCAGGAGCAAGUCCCGGCUUCAAUUUCCAUUUACAAUGGCGACAUGGAGAAGAUUCUUCUCGAUGCCCAGCACGAGUCUGGAAGAAGCAGUUCGCGAGAGAGCUCGCACUGUGACAGCCCUCCUCGUUCCCAAACGCCUCAGGACAUUCUCAGAGCUUCUGAGGUAGAGAGCCGUGGCAGUGGAGAAAAGAAUAGUUCUCAGUCUGAAGAAGAUUUUCUGGAAAGACGGAAAGAAGUUGAACGACUUUUGAAGAAGAAUUCCGACUGGAUGUGGGAUUGGUCCAGCAGGCCAGAGAACAUUCCACCCAAGGAGUUUCUCUUUAAACACCCUAAGCGCACUGCGACCCUCAGCAUGAGAAACACAAGUGUGAUGAAGAAAGGAGGCAUAUUUUCUGCAGAAUUUUUGAAGGUCUUUCUGCCAUCUCUGCUGCUUUCCCAUAUUCUUGCCAUUGGACUAGGGAUUUAUAUUGGAAGACGAUUGACGACCACGCCUUCCAGCAGCUCACUGUAAGAGCGGGAGGG